UCAUUUUCUCUCAUACAAAAAUGUAUAAUAACACCAACAUGGGGAUGUUCCCCGGUUUAUUAUCAAACACGUUGCCUCGUUUUCCCGAGGGAGAUGUGCGUUCUGCGUCGCUGAACGCAACGUGGAAAGACCCGACCGGAGAAGAAAUGGAAAUAGAGGAGCUUGAGAAGAAGAUCUGGAAAGACAAGCAGCGUUUAAAGAAGCUCAAGGAGAUGUCCAAGAACGGGUUAGGUGGAGGAGCAUCGUUGAAGCUGUCUCCUGAUGGUGAUGAUGAUUCCUCAAGCAAAAGAAUGAUGUACCAGGCACAAGAUGGGGUCUUAAAGUACAUGUCUAAGGCAAUGGAACGCUGUAAAGCUCAAGGCUUCGUGUACGGGAUUGUCUUUGAGAACGGGAGAACCGUAACGGGGUCUUCUGAUAACCUCCGUGAAUGGUGGAAAGACAAAGUGAGGUUUGACAGGAACGGACCAGCUGCUAUACUGAAGUACUCCGCUGAUGGAAAUGUUUUAGGGUCUGAGGUUGGUGGGGAGUGUACCGCACAUAAGUUGCUUGAGCUGCAAGAUACAACUCUUGGAGCUCUUUUGUCGGCUUUGAUGCCACACUGCAAGCCUCCUCAGCGGCGGUAUCCUUUGGAGAAAGGCGUGCCGCCGCCUUGGUGGCCGACGGGGGAAGAAGACUGGUGGGGCGAUCUUUCUUUACCUGAGGGCUGUAGAGGACUUCCUCCUCCUUACAAGAAGCCUCAUGACCUCAAGAAGACGUGGAAAGUUGGUAUUCUGAUUGGCGUGAUCAGACACCUGGCUUCAGACAUUAGCAAUGGCAAUAGCUAUUACAGCAUACCGAAGCUGGUGGGACGGUCUAGAACUUUGCAGGAGAAGAUGACUUCGAGAGAAGGCGCUUUAUGGCUCGCUGCUCUUAACCGAGAGAAGGCCAUCGUUGGUGAGAGUCAGCAUCAGCCUUUAACCUUCUUACAUGAAAACAGUGGCGAGACGGAUGCUCUAUUCCAUGAACCUGAAGAUUAUGAUGUUGAAGGACGUGGUGGAUCUCGUCAUCAUCGUGGAUUUGGCAACAACUUCGAUAGUGUUUGUAACAACAACAAGAGGAGGUUUGAAGGAGAGUCAUUUUAUCCAACAGAAACCCUAACUUGUGAGAACAGUGCAUGUCCUUAUAGCCAACCGGAGAUGGGAUUCCGUGACAGGGUCUUAAGAGAGAAUCACCAACUAAUAUGUCCUUAUAAACCCACACCCCUUUACCAACCCACUAAAGAACCCUUUGGUAUGCCUUCCGGUUUAGUGAGUCCUUAUCCGGAUUAUAACCCGAGUUAUUAUGGAAACGAACCGGAGAGUCUAGUGGGAAUGCAGCAGCAGCAUCAACAGCAGCAGGAGCAGGAGCAGCAUCAGCAGCAGCAGCAGCAUCAGCAGCAGCAGCAGCAGCAAGUUCAGAACACUCCAGACCUGUUUAAUCAAUCAGACAAUCUCUACAGACAAGACGCAGCAGAAAGAGGAGGUAACAAUGACUAUUUCUCUGGUCACCGGUUUGGUUUGGUUGAUGACUCGAGUCCUUCAACUUCGGUGAUGAAUCAUAAUCUUAAUGGCCAUGCGCAAACAGUAGGGAUGGAGAACAAUCAGCAGAAUCAAGAGGAAGACUUGUCACUGCCUUGGAUUUCGUGGACAUAAGCUUCAUGGCUUAUCUUGUUUUCUUUUCUAGCUUUGUAGCUUUGUUUAUUGCCUUUUUUUUUCUGUCAUUG